AUGUCUUCGGUCUCACAAACGCCGUUCGCAGACCCGCUAUGGCUGAAUCGUCAUUUCAGUCCAUACUAUAACGAUUCUCAUUUACGGCUACAAAAAGAAGCCCGCGAAUACGUGGAUGAAUAUAUCACGCCCUUCUGUGAAGAAUGGGAGAGUCAAGGCUUUGUGCCGCAGGAGGUCCAUAAAAGGCACGCAGAGCUUGGAUACACUGCAGUUGGGGUCUUCCCCUUAGCGCUCAAUCAUUUACAAGGGCAGCGACUUCCUGGAAAUGUCAAGCCUUUAGAAUGGAAUGGCUUCCAUGAUCUUGUUGUCAUCGAUGAACUUGCUCGAUGUGGAUAUCUUGGAAUAAUUUGGGCGCUCGGUUGUGGAAACUCAAUCGGUGGCCCGCCGGUCAUCAACUUUGGCAAUGAAGAGCAAAAGAACCGUUUCUUACCGGACAUGCUUACUGGGAAGAUAAGAUUUUGUCUGGGUGUCACUGAACCUGAUGCGGGUUCAGAUGUUGCUGGCAUCACGACAACGGCGGGGAGAAAGGGUGACGUUUAUAUUGUGAACGGAGCAAAGAAGUGGAUUACGAAUGGAAUCUUCGCAGACUAUUGUACUGCAGCUGUCAGAACUGGUGGAGAGGGAGUCCACGGUAUUUCCGCGCUUGUCAUUCCAUUGAAGGCACCUGGUGUCUCUUGUAGAAAGAUUGACAACUCUGGUGUCCUUGCGAGUGGAUCGACAUAUAUUGAAUUCGAUCAAGUGGAGGUUCCAGUGGCUAACCUCCUUGGGGAAGAAAACAAAGGAUUCUCAGUCAUUAUGAACAACUUCAACCAUGAGCGUUUAUGGCUUGCUUGCACGGCUUUGAGAAUGGCCCGAGUUUGCGCGGAAGACUCUUAUAAACAUGCUAUCAGCCGUGAAACAUUCGGUCGGAAGUUGAUUGAAAACCAAGUUAUCCGUGCAAAGUUUAGUAUGAUGGCUCGCAGCUUGGACUCUACCUAUGCUUGGAUGGAGCAACUGGUCUAUAUUUCUGAGAUGGCCAAGCAGAAAAAAACCGAUGCUGGAAUGGGAGGACUCUUCGCCAAUCUCAAGGUGCUCGCAGGACAAACGCUCGAAAAGGUGAACCGGGAGGCUCAGCAGGUGAUGGGUGGACUGGGAUACUCUAAAAAUGGCCGAGGCGCAAGAGUGGAACAGAUAAGUCGCGAUGUGCGGGUGAUGGUCGUGGGUGGUGGAAGUGAAGAGAUCUUGUCCGAUCUAGCAGUUAAUCAGGAGGUGAAGACUAUGAAGAAAGUACAAAGUAAGCUUUAG